AUGCGACGGAACUCGGCAGCAAGCCGCGGGCUCCUGGCGCGACUCGCCUGCUCCCGCCUCGUCGCCCACGGGCAGAGCCUGUUCUAUGUCCGGCCGGGGACAGCUGGUCUACCCAGAAACUGCCCAGCAGCUACUGAGUCCAGCCAGGGACAACUGGUCUACCCCGCCUUUGCUGACCAGGUCCGAGGUCCUCCCGGGACGAGUCCACAGCCGGCGACGCCCCCAAGAGAACGACUCGUGCUUGAGCGGGCUGGCGCACCGGCGCACGCCGCCUCCUACCACGAUGGAACUGGAGGCAACCGCAAACAGAGAGCCUUGCUCAACUUCCAGGAGCCGUGGCGAAACCAGGUCUACCCAGCCCCAGCACAAAUCGGCCCAAGUCCCGCGGGGGCGGAUAACACCUGUUCGCCCCGUCACCGCCCGUCACCGCAGCGCCACGCCGACGUCUGCGGCCGAGGUCGGCAGGCGGCGCCGCUCCCGGAGCCGGGUACACCUGGCCACCUGGGGCCGCCCCGCUCCGGGGUGGACCAGCUCGCCCCGCUGCCGUCCUAUACCACAGCGCAACGCCCCUUUCGAGGCCGGGGCGGGCAGGCACAGCCAGCCCAGGAGCCGGGUACACCUGGCCGCCCGCCACCUCCCGGCUGCGAGGUAGACCAGCUCGCCGCGCUGCCACCCGACACCAACGUGCCACGACGACCGCUCCGGGCACAUCCGCCGCCAGCCGCCGGCCUCGGACCCGGGUAG